AGGCCCAAGAGGAGGAGGGAGGGGGGGACAGAGUAGCGUGGGGAGGGCUCGGUCUCCCUGUAUGUGGCACCGAGCGGCUUUUCCCUGCUCCCUGGCUCCUCGCAGCCCCCGGACUAGGGAUGGGUUGUUUCUGCGCAGUCCCGGAGGAAUUCUAUUGUGAAGUUUUGUUACUGGAUGAGUCCAAGUUACCUCUAACCAGCCAACAGCACGGGGUGAAGAAGUCAACGAAAGGCUCUGUUGUCCUGGACUACGUGUUCCGUCACCUAAAUCUUGUGGAGAUAGAUUACUUUGGGCUACGUUACUGUGACAGAAAUCAUCAGACGUAUUGGCUGGAUCCUACAAAGACAAUUUCAGAGCACAGAGACUUGAUCAGUACCGGACCUCCCUACACUCUCUAUUUUGGUGUUAAGUUUUAUGCUGAAGAUCCUUGUAAAUUGAAGGAAGAAAUAACAAGAUAUCAGUUCUUCCUGCAAGUGAAACAGGAUGUUCUACAAGGACGCUUGCCAUGUCCAUUUAACAUUGCUGCUCAGUUAGGAGCAUAUGCCAUCCAGUCGGAACUUGGGGACUAUGAUCCAUUUAAGCACGUUACUGGUUAUGUGUCGGAAUACCGCUUCGUGCCUGAUCAGAAGGAGGACUUGGAAGAGACCAUUGAGAGGACACACAAAACCUUAAUGGGACAGGUGCCUGCUGUAGCUGAAUCAAAUUAUUUAGGAGUUGCCAAAUCUCUUGAAAUGUAUGGAGUGGACCUUCAUCCUGUUUAUGGGGAGAACAACUCUGAAUACUUUGUAGGUCUGACUCCGGUAGGACUGGUUGUGUACAAAAAUAAAAAGCAAGUGGGAAAAUAUUACUGGCCAAAAAUGACAAAGAUACAUUUCAAAGAGACACAGUUUGAAGUACAAGUCCUUGGAAAAGAUUGCACUGAAACAUCAUUCGUUUUUGAAACGAGGAACAAAGUUUCCUGCAAAAAUCUGUGGAAGUGCUGUGUGGAGCAUCACACUUUCUUCAGGAUUCCAGAUAAUGAUUCUAGUACACUGUCAAGGAAACUGAGUAAGCUUGGUUCUCUGGGCUCCAGGCAUCGCUACAGUGGUAGGACUGCUUAUCAAAUGAGCAGAGAGCUCUCUAAUCAACUGCCACGGCCUGACCAAAGAGUGGAGAGGAGUCGGAGUAAAACUUACCCCAAAAGGACAGCACUCACGCAACAGCCAGGAUCAAACAAUAUAGAACAGGUAACUACAAAUAUGGAACAGGGCGACAAGGAAGGAACCACUAAAUGUAUUGCUCCAUCGCCUGUUAAAAGCUCCAAGAAAGCAAAUCGUGAUACAAGCCCAGAUACUCAGAAAAGCAAAACAAGCGCACCAUGGGAAGAAAAUGGCUCUCCUAGUGGAUUGUAUAAUUCUACUGACCGCAACAAAUCACCAAAGUUCCCAACUCCCCGCCAUCGUAAUCAGUCUGGCAGUGAUAAUGAAGCAGGACAACCGGUGAGGAGGAAAGGACAGCACAGUGGUGAUGAUGGUGAUCUAAAGCACAGAAGAAGAUCACGGUCUCGUUGCAACACAAGUAGCGGCAGUGAAUCUGAAAACUGCAACAGAGAACACAGGAAGAAGAGAAACAGGUUACGGCAGGAAAACAAUAUGGUGGAUUCAGCCCCACAGUGGGAAGCAGUUUUAAGAAGACAAAAGGAGAAGAACCAGGCUGACCCGAACUCCAGGAGAUCCAGGCAUCGGUCUCGAUCGAGGAGCCCAGAUGUACAAGCAAAGGAAGCGUUAUGGAAGCACAUUCAGAAGGAACUGGUUGAUCCCUCAGGCUUGUCUGAAGAACAAUUAAAGGAAAUUCCGUACAAGAAAAUAGAGACGCAGGGUGACCCUAUCCGUAUCCGCCACUCCCAUUCUCCACGCAGCUUUCGCCAGUAUAGACGAUCUCAGUGUUCUGAUGGGGAGAGAUCAGUACUAUCAGAAGUCAAUGCAAAAAACGACCUUGUGCCUCCUCUGACUGUGACACGUGCCACAGACACUCAUGGUUCAUGUGGCCCUUCUGCACAACAAAAAAGAGCUGGGUCCAAGGAGAGCAUCACUGAGUCCAAUGUUUCUCCUCUGAGCAGAGAUUCAAAGCACAGUGUGAAAACCACGAGAACCUCACAGGCCUCACGUCUUAAAACUGAAACUUGAAUGCAGGAGAUAAUGAUCAUGCGUCUCCAAAAAUAUGAACAUUUGGACAAGCAACUCAAUCUGGGUUGGAGAAUGCUUUAAACAUUAAAUUAUUGCUGCCAGAAUGGAUUGCAUCUUAAUCAUACAAACAUGAAAACUAUUACAGGGACUACGGAGACCAUACUGUUGUGAGCAGACUGGUUCAGUGGUUCACUGAUACAUUGCAGCUCUAUGGUCCUGAGUUCAAUUCCAAGAAUGGCACCAGAGAGUCUGUUCUCCAAGUGUCAGUUUUCUAUUGGUGCUCUGGUUUCCUCCAUAACCAUACAGGCAAAUGAAUGGGCUCUUAAUGAAACUGAGCCUAGUCUGUGUGCAUGAAUCUGAGUUUGAUUCCAACCACAGUUAUUAGCUGAGAUGAUAAACUCCAGUUGGACAGGGACUGAUGUGAAUGAAGAACAAUGCCAGUAAAAAGCUGCAUAACAUAUUGGCACUAUAAACAAGGGGUGGUAAUAAUAAUAAGAGAGUGGGUGGGUGGUUUUACCGUUGCCUUGGAAAUCCAAAUGUUUUUUUCUGAAAAGAAUAUUUCCUAAUGGAUGAAGAUUUGGACAUUUGCUCCUGUUCUAAGCAUUCAACAGUGUGUCAUCCAGUGGAUAUGUACAAUGUAUGUGCACUCUCUCUCACCACAUGAACUUCAUAUUCAGUACCACAAGCCUGUUGUUCUUAGUCACUACUGUGUUUGAGGAAUAGAUAUCGUACAUGAUAAGAUGCUUCUCAGCUUGUAGCGCACAAAGGCUCAGCUGCCUUAAUUUUCACUCAUUAUAAGCAAAACACUCCUGGUUAAACUGGCAUUUCCAUUUUCUGGGGUGGGGGGGUAUUUUAUCUCGCAGUAUUAAAAACUGAAGUAUUUAAAAAUAAAAUACCAGCCAAAAUGGAAAGUUCUUCUUGUG